GCCUCGCCCUGGCAGCCCCUCCUUCCAAUUCCUCUCUCCGCCUCCGGGCCCGCCCCUCCCUCCAGGAGGAGCCGUCUCUCCUCCGCGCGUCUCCCGACGCUCUCUCCAUUGUCUCUGCCUUUACAACAGAGGGAGACGAUGGACUGAGCAGAUCCACACCAUGGAGUCUCGGGUCUUACUGAGAACCUUCUGUUUGAUCUUCGGUCUCGGGGCAGUGUGGGGACUUGGGAUAGACCCCUCCCUGCAGAUCGACGUCUUAACAGAGUUAGAACUUGGAGAGUCCACUGCCGGAGUGCGCCAGGUCCCGGGGCUGCAUAAUGGGACGAAAGCCUUUCUCUUUCAAGAUACUCCCAGAAGUAUAAAAGCGUCCACCGCUACAGCUGAGCAAUUUUUUCAGAAGCUGAGAAAUAAGCAUGAAUUUACUGUUUUGGUGACCCUGAAACAGACCCACUUAAAUUCAGGAGUCAUUCUCUCAAUUCACCACUUGGAUCAUAGGUAUCUGGAACUAGAAAGCAGUGGCCAUCGGAAUGAAGUCAGACUGCAUUACCGCUCAGGCAGUCACCGUCCUCACACAGAAGUGUUUCCUUAUAUUUUGGCUGAUGACAAGUGGCACAAGCUCUCUUUAGCCAUCAGUGCCUCCCAUUUGAUUUUACACAUUGACUGCAAUAAAAUUUAUGAAAGAGUGGUGGAAAAGCCCUCUACAGACUUCCCUCUGGGCACAACAUUUUGGUUGGGACAGAGAAAUAAUGCACAUGGAUACUUCAAGGGUAUAAUGCAAGAUGUGCAAUUACUAGUCAUGCCCCAAGGAUUUAUUGCUCAGUGCCCAGAUCUUAAUCGCACUUGUCCAACUUGCAAUGACUUCCAUGGACUUGUGCAGAAAAUCAUGGAGCUGCAGGAUAUUUUAGCCAAAACAUCCGCCAAGCUGUCUCGAGCUGAACAGCGAAUGAAUAGACUGGAUCAGUGCUAUUGUGAGAGGACUUGCACCAUGAAGGAAACCACCUACCGAGAAUUCGAGUCCUGGACAGAUGGCUGUAAAAACUGCACAUGCCUGAAUGGAACCAUCCAGUGUGAAACUUUGAUCUGUCCAGUUCCUGACUGCCCACUUAAAUCAGCUCCUGCAUAUGUGGAUGGCAAAUGCUGUAAGGAAUGCAAAUCAAUAUGCCAAUUUCAAGGAAGAACCUACUUUGAAGGAGAACGAAAUACAGUCUAUUCCUCUUCUGGGGUGUGUGUUCUCUAUGAGUGUAAGGUAAGGAGAUCCACUAAUUUUUUUCUUACAGGUUAUGACUUUUGUUCUGAGAGGCAUAACUGCAUGGAGAAUUCUGUCUGCAGAAAUCUGAAUGACAGGGCCGUGUGCAGCUGUCGAGAUGGUUUUAGGGCUCUUCGGGAGGACAAUGCCUACUGUGAAGACAUUGAUGAGUGUGCUGAAGGGCGCCACUACUGUCGUGAGAAUACCAUGUGUGUCAACACCCCGGGUUCUUUCAUGUGCAUCUGCAAAACUGGAUAUAUCAGAAUUGAUGAUUAUUCUUGUACAGAACAUGAUGAGUGUGUCACAAAUCAGCACAACUGUGAUGAAAAUGCUUUGUGCUUCAACACUGUAGGAGGACACAACUGUGUUUGCAAGCCUGGAUAUACAGGGAAUGGCACCACAUGCAAAGCAUUUUGCAAAGAUGGCUGUAGAAAUGGAGGAGCCUGUAUUGCUGCUAAUGUGUGUGCCUGCCCACAAGGCUUCACUGGGUCCAGCUGUGAAACAGAUAUUGAUGAAUGCUCUGAUGGCUUUGUUCAGUGUGACAGUCGUGCUAACUGCAUUAACCUGCCUGGAUGGUACCACUGUGAGUGCAGAGAUGGCUAUCAUGACAAUGGAAUGUUUUCACCCAGUGGGGAAUCGUGUGAAGAUAUAGAUGAAUGUGGGACUGGAAGGCACAGCUGUGCCAAUGAUACCAUUUGCUUCAACUUGGAUGGUGGAUAUGAUUGUCGGUGUCCUCAUGGAAAGAAUUGCACUGGGGACUGCAUCCAUGAUGGAAAAGUCAAACACAAUGGUCAGAUUUGGGUGUUGGAAAAUGACCGUUGCUCUGUGUGUUCAUGUCAGAACGGGUUCGUUAUGUGUCGACGGAUGGUUUGUGAUUGUGAGAAUCCCACAGUUGAUCUUUUUUGCUGCCCUGAAUGUGAUCCAAGGCUUAGCAGUCAGUGCCUCCAUCAAAAUGGGGAAACCUUAUACAACAGUGGUGAUACCUGGGUCCAGAAUUGCCAACAGUGCCGCUGCCUGCAAGGGGAAGUUGACUGUUGGCCCCUGCCUUGCCCAGAUGUGGAGUGUGAAUUCAGUGUCCUUCCAGAGAAUGAAUGCUGCCCACGCUGUGUCACCGACCCUUGCCAGGCAGACACCAUCCGCAAUGACAUCACCAAAACUUGCCUGGAUGAGAUGAAUGUGGUUCGCUUCACUGGGUCCUCUUGGAUCAAACAUGGCACUGAGUGUACUCUCUGCCAGUGCAAGAAUGGCCACAUCUGUUGCUCAGUGGAUCCACAGUGCCUUCAGGAGCUGUGAAGUUGACUGUCUUAUGGGAGAUUUCUGCUUAAAGAAUGUUCUUUCAUUAAAAAGACCAAAAAAAUGUUUUAAAAAAUUGAAUGAUUUGUGGGCAGCUAAAUGCAGCUUUGUUAGUAGCUGAGUAAACUUUCAAUUAUGAUGUUUGUGAAGCUUGAGAAAAUCACAAAAGGAAAAUUCUUGAAAAAAAAAACUAGACCACAAUUCUGCCUCUUCUGUACCUGACAUCACCUUGUAGAAAAUGUGUGUGAAAUGCACACCAUAAUGUCCGUCCUGACCCCUGUACGGGAAGCCUGAGCCCAUUGGAUCUGUUAAAGUCUUGGGCUUCAUUGGUGCAGAAAAUUUUCUUCUAGAUCAGAAUCUUCAUGAAUCAGUUAGGUUCCUCACUGCAGAAAAUGAAAUGUAAAGCAGUGAAUGAAUUAUAUUUUCAGAAGCAAAGCAAAGAACCUAUAAUGUGUUAUGUACAGUACACACUCUGAAAAGAAAUCUGAAACAAGUUAUUGUAAUGAUAAAAAAUAAUGCACAGGCAUGGUUACUUAAUAUUUUCUAACAGGAAAAAUCAUCCCCAUUUCCUUGUUUUACUGCACUUAUAUUAUUUGGUUGAAUUUGUUCAGUAUAAGCUCGUUCUUGUGCAAAAUUAAAUAAAUAUUUCUCUUACCUUA